AAUUUACAGAACAUACAUUUUGGAUAUACACAUGUAGCUACGAUUCAUAAUUACGCUCUAAACUAUAGCUAUCAGUUAAUUUCUUGAAAACUCCUUGGUUGGCUUUUUUAUUGUUGUCUUCACCUUAAAGACCCUUAAAGAAAAGUUAAUAGAAGAUAGAAGGCCACUUUCAUCCAAGAAUUUCAAUAAAGAAAAGAAAACUACAAGUAUUUAGUUCUCUUUUUACCUAUAACACUCAAAGAAUUUGAGUGUUUUUUCUCCAAACAUGGUGUUGUUCUCUUCUAACCAAGAAGUAUCAACAAAUCCUUCUAAGAGAUGCAAAUUCUUCUCUACAACUCUGAGGGAUGCAUUUGCUAAUUGUCAUAUUUUUAAAGAAAGACAUUCUAGUACUCAAAGUUUAGAGGAAGAGGAUGUCAUAGAUGAUGAAGAGGAAGUGUUUGUGUCAAUAGUGAUAAGUAGAUACAUGGAGUCAAAAUGCAGGAAAAAAGCAGCUAUAUUCUCAAGUGAAAAGUUCAACUGGACAUUAUCUACAACAGCAGCAGGGGAUUUAUUCAUAUCUGAAAAGCUAAUGCAGCAAAAAGAGGACAGUGCAGAUGAAGAAGAUAAGGAAGAGAGGGAGGAGUUCUUAUCUGUUGGGACUCGUCUUUCGCGAUGCUCCAGUGCUAUCAGCUAUGAGGCAUUUGCUACAGCUAAGACAGCAUUUUCCAGGUCUUCAAGCUUGAACAGGAUUGAGUUUCAAGAUUUUCCGAGGCGUUCUGUUAUUAAGGAAUUCUCUCACUGUGAAGGAUGGCCAUUUGGUUUAAGCCGUAAAAUGUUGUUACUUCCUCCUUUGCCAAAAUCUCCAGCUGAUUCUUGGUCAUGGAGAAAGAGUGCUAGAAUGAUCAAUAUACACUAAUUUCUGGCAUUCAGAAGGGAUUUUUCUUAACUAUUUUUCAGAAAGGAUGUUGAUUUUCGUUUUUCAUGUAUUCACUAUGUUUCUUGACAAUGGUUAUAACCAUUUUUAUGCUUAGCAUGCUUCAGAAUCUGUGUUGAAUGGGUACUUCCAUGUCAAUUCUUCUUCCAUUUUUCGGCAUGGAUGCAGGUUCUUUGUUUCAGUAACACGAGGUAUAACCAUGUUCGGUGAACAAGCAACUACUAAAGUGCCUCAACCCAAGCUAGUUGGGCUGGCUAUAUGAAUCCUAACUGUUCAUGUCACUCGAAUUAAGCUUAGCGUAAAAUAAGCAAGCCAACUUAAAAGAAGCAAAGCUGAUAAUUCAUCAACUAUCCAGAGAAUUUGAUGUAAAAGCACACAGCAAUUGAAGAAACAAAGAUUAGAGCUUUCUGAAUAUUCAAGAAAGGAUUUCCUAGCACAAGUUUUUAGGAUUAUUAUCAUUUGCCUGUUGUGGUAAUCACAUGAUCAAACUUGAGAAUCAAGUACAACAUAAUGUUAUCAUAUUGGAGCAACCUGUAUUAUCUAAAAAAA